UAACAACUGAAAUAUGUUUCAGAAUCAAGUGGUUAUAUCACGCGAGCGUCGCCGCUUUGGACGCCAAUGCAUAUUCGAAGAUCGCAAUGAGCUGAUGGUUAGUGUACAUCCCAGCAGUCGUCUGCGGCUCAAGUAUAUAAUGGGCAAUCCACAAAAUCGAUCCAUACAAUUAAGUGAAGUGAUGGCGUUCAGCGAGGUGGAAACGGAGAAUGCCACAUUUGAGGAACGGGGCAUGUUUCACUAUGAAGGCGGCUGGCCACGUGAGGUGAACAUCAAUGAUGAGGAGCAAACGAUGCGCCAUCGCAAAAAGGUGGAACGCGAUGAUGCUUGGGGUGAGGAGGUUAAAGAGCUGAUACGCACCACAAUGGGCACCGCUCGUCAAAAUAAUGCUGUAAAUAUUUACAAUCAUUUCUUUGACGACUUGCCGUAUGAUAUGGGACGUACCAUAUGCAUGCCAUUCAAAUCGCGAACCAUCAAUAUAUUCCAUGAUAUGUGGCGACCACAACGCUUUAUGUCCACCAUUAAUUGGAUGCCCAACAAUAACAAACAGCUAAUGACACAGUACAGUAAUCUGUAUAAGUUGCGACGCGAGCGACGCAAAAUGAUAACCGAUGAUUCCACCAAUGGCUCCACCAAUGCUUUCUAUGUCUGGGAUGUAGAGAAUCCCAUCAAACCUCUUUAUUUCUAUGACAGCAAUGAGGUUAUCAAAUGCGCCAAAAUCUGUCCCAAGGAGGAGAGCAACAUGAUUGGCGGUACCUACACGGGCAAGGUGUGCAUUUGGGAGACUUUCGAGAGCGGCUAUCCGACGUCACGCUGUCCCAUGGAGGCAGCACAUCGUGAGCUGUGCUCCUCUGUCGUCUGGGUGCAUUCCAAGACCAAUACAGAGUUUUAUUCUGCUUCGCUGGAUGGCUCUAUUAAGUUCUGGGAUACGCGUGAUUUAAAAAUGCCUUCGAAUGAAAUAUUUCUGGAGCAGCAGCCGAAUUUUCGUCAGGACCGUCAGGAUGCACAUGGCUGCACCGUCUUAGAGUUUGAAUAUACUAUACCCGUGCGUUUUAUCGCCGGCUCCGAUAUGGGCUGCGUAUUUGUGGGCAACCGCAAAGGCUUAAAUCCUGUCGAAAUGUUAAUGGGCUGCUAUCCCAUUUGCGCCGGACCCAUACGCACCAUUAAUCGUAAUCCUUUCUUUGUUAAAAACUUUCUCAUUGUGGGCGAUUGGCGCGCACGUAUUUGGUGCGAGGAGGUCAAGAAUCGUCCAAGUACGAUGUAUGUGAAGAAGCGCACGCAAAUGUCUUGCGGUGCUUGGAGCACUGGACGCGCCUCCUUGUUCGCCACGGGUGAUGUCGAGGGCGUGGUGGAUUUCUGGGAUCUUUUAUUGAAUCACAAUAAGCCCAUUUAUAGUAUUAAUUUUCAUUCGCCCAUCACAUCGAUUGUCUUUCAGCCGGGUGGACAUCAUUUGGCCAUAUCGAUGGCUAAUGGGGAUACGCACAUCAUGAACAUGGACGAGGCCAUGAAGAAGACCACCAGCAAGGAGAAGGCGCUUUAUGGAGCGGGUUAUCCAAUAAAUUCAUAG